UAUCUAAUGAUUCAUUCCCGAAGUUAUUGUGCUUAGGCCUAAAUUGUCCAAAAGGUAGAACCCGUGAUUCCACUUGAGUAGACCCCGUUUAUGAUCAGUGUAUUGCGCAGUCGCACCAGGAUCUUUUCUGGUUAUAGUAUCCAUUUUGAUCACAUCUCAUCUAUUUAAUCAAAGAUGGCAGAUGUUAUGGACGACAGUCAUUUUGAGUCUGGAGACUCCGGAGCCUCAGUGACGUAUCCCAUGCAAUGUUCUGCACUUCGUAAAAAUGGAUUUGUGAUGUUAAAAUCUCGACCUUGCAAGAUUGUCGAGAUGUCAACUUCCAAGACCGGUAAACACGGUCACGCCAAGGUCCACCUCGUAGGCAUCGAUAUAUUUAAUUCCAAAAAAUACGAAGAUAUUUGCCCUUCCACACACAAUAUGGAUGUGCCAUUCGUUAAAAGAGAAGAUUAUCAGCUAACAGAUAUAUCCGACGAUGGCUACUUAACUUUGAUGUCUGAUAAUGGAGACAUCCGUGAGGAUCUGAAAGUUCCCGACGGCGAGUUAGGAAGUCAGAUACGCACUGAUUUUGACGGAGGAAAAGACUUAUUGUGCACCGUUUUGAAAGCUUGUGGGGAGGAGGUUGUUAUCGCCAUCAAAACCAACACUGCCCUUGACAAAUAAUUGUGUUCAGUUCCAACCGUUUACAACCCAACAACCCGCUUAGCCAAUUGAUAUCUUUCCAUUGGUAAAAACAAAUCAAGAGAACGAGUCAACACAGAACACAGCCAACAAUAUCAACAACAGCGAAAACUCAGCAGCGGAGAGAAAUAACUUUUUAACAAAGUAACAUCCACUUACAUGCUAUUUAUCCAGACUUACACUAAAGUUUUUAAGUAAUGUAUGUGAUUAUAGACUGGGAAAAAGCAUUUUCCAAUCUCAUAUUAUCCAUACAUUAACACACAUACACACGUUGUUUGUUAUAUAAGAAAUACGGCGACAACUUUUCUUUAAGAAAAAUAAAAAUUGAAAAAGCCUUCGCACAUACGAGAUUUUUUUAUUCUACAAAAUCGCGAUUUUCUAACUAUAUUGUCGGCAUGAUAUAACAAAACAAAAACUACUUCUUGAGAAAUUCUGUAAGUUAUGCCUUAAGAGGUCAAACACCUGUUUUGCUACAUAUAAAGCCUUCGUCGAGUCUACUGAACGGAUCAAUUUUUUUCUACAAACUUUCUUAAGUCAAUCUUACUAGUGCUUUUACUUUUAAUAUAAAUUGUUACUAUUCCAGUGAUCGACAGUUUUUUGUAAAAAAAAGAAAAACAAAACUAAAAGAUAUAUAAUUGAAAUAUAUAUAAUUGAAAUCAAGGCUGUUGUCGCUUCGGGGUAGAACUGAGAAUGUUUUGUUGAUUUUUUAACGAAACAGCUUUCUCAGUAGAGCGGACACUUUACUACGAUUGUUUUAUAAAAUGAUGAAUAAACAGAGAAAGCUGGAAA